GAUCCUCCGAGGGAGAUGGCAGUUGUGAAGAGAGAGUCCCACAGAACCCUUGUAAAGGUCUCACGGAAGAAGAGGAGGCGGCCGGUGAACACUAACGUAAGAGCCGAAGAGGAUGGAGAGGUCGAAGAGGGCCCGAAGGGCACGGGAGCUUUGGCCGAAAUGAGCGGUGAUAACGGUUUCCGUUCACAAGAGAAAUCUGGGAACUCCCUGAAAACCGGGCUUAAUGUCAUUUCUCUCUUCCGAUCCUCCAGAAAUUCGUCGGUGAGAGGCUCCGACCGCGCCGAACACGCUCCCGCUUCCGUUCGUUAUUCCCACACAGACAUCAAAGUGCCCGAUUUCUCCGACUAUCGCCGCGCCGAAGUGUCGGAUAGCACGAAAUCUUCAAAAGACAGCAGCGAGGCGAGGAAAGGCUUCUCCUACUUGAUCACCGCCACGACGACCGUCGGCGUGGCCUACGCGGCCAAGAACGUCGUCUCCCAGUUCGUCUCCAGCAUGAGCGCCUCGGCCGACGUGCUGGCCAUGUCGAAGAUCGAGAUCAAGCUGUCCGAUAUCCCGGAGGGGAAGAAUAUGGCUUUCAAGUGGAGAGGGAAACCUCUGUUCGUGCGUCACCGGACCCAGAAGGAGAUCGAGCAGGAGGGGGCCGUCGAAGUGUCCCAGCUGCGAGACCCGCAGCACGAUCUAGACCGCGUGAAGAAGCCCGAGUGGGUCAUCCUGAUCGGCGUCUGCACCCACCUCGGCUGCGUCCCCAUUGCCAACGCCGGAGAUUUCGGCGGCUAUUACUGCCCUUGCCACGGCUCGCACUACGACGCCUCGGGCCGAAUCCGGAAGGGGCCCGCCCCGCUCAACCUCGAGGUCCCGGCUUACGAAUUCACCGGCGACGACCUCGUCAUCGUCGGGUAGCGCCCCGGACUCGAGUCGCGCGGCCCUCGGCGGCGACUCGUGUCCGGGAGGGGGAGUCCGGCGUGGUUUAGAUAGGGAGAUUGGAGCCGGUUUCAGUCCGCUGUCGCUGUGUGAGAAUCUUCCCCCGAAUCAAGGAGCUCCGUAUAAUGAAUACCCUCGAGUGUCCGCUGUUCAUAAAGUCACCGGCGAGCGUCGUUUGGCUCUUCGUCUCCUCGCGGUCGUAUUGUUAUCUGUCCCCCGACAGCGCUUCCCAAUUAAAAAUGAUUUGCAGGCCCGGCCUACGGAA